AGGGUAUUCAACGGUCGGCCCCGCUCGACUGUAGCCUUUGCUUACUUGUUAAUAGAUGAAUUAAGUGAUUUCCAGAAUCUAAUACCAGACGAUGUGAAAUCAUCUGCGAGUUUCAGUGCGGAAACCAAAGAAAAAGCUUUACUCUUAAGGGAUGUGUACUUCGGCGGUACCCAACCAACUUUUGCUGGGAAUUUCUUUCAAUUCUUAAAUCUUCUGGGUCACAGAUCGUUUUGGCAUGGCAUUUUGAGAACGCUGAAGGGGCGUAUGAAGUACGCGAGUAAUUCUCCAACCUACUGUUAUUAUUUUGAUGUCGACUCUGAAUCGUUUAAUCAAUUCCGCUGGGCAACCUGUGGCCCCUCCAUACGUGGCACAUCACAUGCUGAUGAUUUGUCGUAUUUAUUUUAUAGUGCCAUAACUGAAAAAAUCAGUACCGAUAGUAGGGAGUACAAAACCAUUGAACGUAUGAUUGGCAUGUGGUAUAAUUUCGCACUGGCAUCGAAUCCAAAUUGUAAGGAAAUUCAGGGCGUAAAAUGGGAACCCAUUAGCGGGGCAGAUGAAGUAAUAAAAUGCUUGGCCAUAAGUGAUGAUGUCGAAUUUAAAGAUCUGCCGCUGUAUAAGAAACUCAUUGUGUGGGAUCUGUUUUAUAAAGAGGAUGAAUUAAUUUAAGGAGAUUAUUUAAGGAAUUAGGAGAAUAAUUGAUGCAAAAAAUAAAUACACAAGUAUAAUUAAAAU